AGAAUUUGUUGUAAUUUCCGGUAGGAGGUUUUUUUCGGUGACGGAAUAAUCGGCUCUCGCGCUCUCCCGUUGCCGUUGCCGUUGCAUCACCCUGAAUGCCUCACAAGUGUUCAGGAUUAUAUUUCAUUUUCAUAAUGUGCAGUCCAUUUGGCGAGUUUUGAGCAGAGGAGCGAGGGAGGGUCUAAUCUAAUGUGUACGGAGAUUAGCACCAUGGUUCUAAUUGUUGAACUUUGCAACUAUUUCUGUGCAAAUGUCAAAAAUGUGAUGCCUAAUCUCCCUGGACAGACUAACGCAAAAUAAAUCAAUCUCUUAAGAAGAAGAAGAAGCCCUUAGCAUGUAUAAUAGCAUUCACGCGUCUCUUGAAGAUGGCUGUAGCCGUUGAUCAUGGUCAUGGAUUCAAGCCAUUUACAAGAUGCAGACUCCAGUCUUUCACUCAACUUGACUACAAGAUGCUCGACUUCAACAACGACCAAUCCUUGGACUUGUCCAAUAUUCACAAGAGCUUCUCCACUCCGUGUCUAUCUAAUUCUUCGUCAGCUAGAGAUGACCAGCAUGACGCCAAUUCAAAGAUUGAGAUCAUCAUAGGCCAUGCUGCACCAAGGGUACGGGCUAUGGUUGUGGAAGUUGCCAUAGCCAUGGCCUCUGGUGUCAAACCUGAGCCAACAUCGAGUGGGCUUGGAGGCGCAUACUUCCUACGCGCUCAAAAUGGUGACACCAUAGCUGUUGCAAAACCUAUAGAUGAGGAGCCUCUUGCAUUCAACAACCCAAAAGGCUUGGGUGGCCGCCUGCUAGGCCAGCCUGGCAUGAAAUGCUCCAUUAGGAUAGGUGAAACUGGCUUGCGUGAGUCAGCUGCUUAUGUCCUUGACCACCACGGCUUUGCAGGUGUCCCACCAACAGCAUUAGUAAAAUUUUCCCAUGUCAAGUUCAAUAUAAACAACAACCCUGCUUCAGACUCAACCCCAAUUUACAAGAUUGCAUCCCUCCAACGUUAUGUAAAGCACGAUUCAGACGCAGGGGAUUUCGGGCCUUCAAGCUUCUCGGUCACACGUGUGCACCACAUAGGUAUACUGGAUGUGAGGCUCAUGAAUCUUGACAGGCACGCUGGGAACAUCCUUGUAAGGAAUGGACAAGCGAGGCCAUCAGAGCUGAUCCCCAUAGAUCAUGGCUUCUGCUUACCAGAAGCACUUGAUGAUCCAUAUUUUGAGUGGCUGCACUGGCCACAAGCCUCCAUACCUUUCUCCGAGGCUGAACUUGACUACAUAACUAGGCUUGAUCCCUACAAAGAUGCUGACACACUAAGAAGUGAGGUUCCUUCGAUUGGGGAGUCAUCCAUUCGUGUUCUUGUGAUUUGCACCACUUUUUUGAAGCAAGCAGCUGCAUACGGGCUGUGUCUUGCUGAAAUAGGUGAGAUGAUGACCAGAGACUUCAAUGGAAGAGACGAAAAUUGGAGCACACUAGAGAACCUAUGCAUAAAUGCUAAGGCAAGAUUGAAGAAACCACUAAUUGAUGAUAAAAUUAUGUCCGCACUCAAAUGUGAUGAUCACAAACAAGUUGAAGAAAAAGACGGUGAUAAAAUGUUCCGUUUUGAUGACAAGCACAAGGGUUUCCUCGACCAAGCAUCAAACAUCCCCACAAAAGAUAAUCAUCCAUCAAUGGUGGUAAAGUUUGCUAAUCUGCCAGAGAUGCCUCUAAGUAAAAUCCAAGACACACUCUUGGACAACUGUGGCAAGAACAAUGUUGAUAGUAAUCCAUCAACAACAGGAGGUAACUUGAUGAGGAGUGUGAGCUGCUCGGUGCCAAACUACAACCGUGAUGGACAAUGCAUAUGUAUAGGAGAAAUGGAGGAUGAAGAGUGGCAGACGUUCUUGGGGAUCUUCCAGAAGCUUUUGCCCAAGGCCUUCGAGGAGAGGAAGUCAAUGGACCUGCCCAAGCACAGGUUGGGAUUGUCAUGUCAGUUUUGAGCUGCAUUUUAACUACUAUGUGUAUACAAUGUACUAACGAUGCCAUGAGACCAUACAUUUAUAGGAUGUAGAUAGGA